AUGCAUUGGAAUAUCGGAGUGAUUUCGAUAUUUCUUUGCACGAUUAUAGCUGUUUGUGGACGUCGAGAUGCAUUUGAAACUAAAUGCAAACGAACUUGCAAUACUUUGUACGGUUCACUUGGUUGUUGGUCAGAAACAGCUGAUGGCUUUGCCUAUGGUUUAUCCACAGCGAUGAUUGACUAUUGUCAAGUGAUAUUAAAUAUUCGUCUUCUUACUAGUGAAACCGGUAGUUGGUAUAAUGCUAGUCAUGCAAUACUCGCAGAACAAAUCAAACAAUAUUCACUUGAGGAUAAAGACGAUGCUAAACAAUUAACAAAAGAAAAUAUCGAACAAAUUGCAACUUCCUUGUUAGAAAGCUGUUUCGAUUCUUCAUCGCCUAUUACUUUAACUGAGCCAUCAUGUCCAUCGUGUUCUGAAGAACAAUUGAAAAUAAUAAAACAAUGGCGUCUUUCCUCUAUAAUAAUUAUCUCAAUUGGUGCACUAUUCUUUUUUAUAACUGUAUUUUUAUAUGCUUUUUAUAAUCAUUAUACUAAUCGUUCUUAUACACCACUUGCGUAA